GUUGGCAACAAGAUAUCGAAUUGCAUUGUUGGAAAUUUUUCCAAAAUGGCCAAUCUUUUCACAGAUAUUCUGUGGAAUUUAGCAGUUUUCUGAAAUGUGCAUUUUUUACUAGUCCUCCGGGCAUUUUAAGCAUUAGUUAAGAAAACUGUGACUUGGGGCUAUCAAAAAUCUCUUCGCGGUUUGCAUCUUCCUCGUAACUUUGUGCAAUGGUAGUUUUUAAGUGGCCAACAUUCUGUCGAAGAUAAGAACAUCUGAUGUUUUCGCACAGAAGUUAACUCGGAUUUUAUUGCAUCUAUAAGAUAAAUCCAGCGAAAAUGCGUUAAUCUAAAGUGUUUUGACGUGUAAAAUUUAAGUUUCUUUGAUUUUGGACAGUUUUUAUUUGUGUAAAUAGUGCCAUUUUGAAAUUUUAUCCUGGCAUCCUGCGAUGGGUCAUCAGAUUUGCAGCCUAUGAGAAUCUGAAGAAAGUGUGAUUGUUGCGAAACUACUACAUACGUCUACAUUUUUACUAUAGUGAACUAUAGCGAGUAGGCUAGCCAGCUGAGAAGUGCAAAAUUUAGUCUUUCACUAUUGAUCAGUGACCUAUUAUUUUUGUUAAUAUUAAAUUUACAGCUGUUUCAAAUUUUAACAAUGAAAUGCGAGUAACACGAACUUCUGGACCAGAUACACCAUGCAGGCAAUGGAUAAGAUUCAAGUAAAAACUGAAACAUCUGACCAUCCAAAAUAUCCCUUUGGCUCUGAGAUUUGUUUUGUAUGCAGUAAUCGCACUCAUUCAUUGUCCUACUAUCUAAACACAAAACCAAUUCCUGGAAAACCGAAGGAACCAUAUUUUCCUUUUUUGGAGUCUCAUGAACCACCUGCAGGUUAUGUGCCUCGUUCAGAUGGCGUCGUACCUGCCUGCUAUCUCUGUUACACGUUACUUUUACAACAAUGGGAAUCAUACGAGAUGACCUCCCGUCCGCAUUCGGAGCGACUGUAUUGGUUGAAGAGAGUGGACAAUGGACCAUACACUGGGGCUGAUAUGGGCUUACAGGGUGAAUAUGCAGCUCAAAUCUUAGGACUAAACAGUGAUGGAAUUGGAGUGAGCACUGGUCGGAGAGAUGAUGUGAUCAAAGGGAAAAUGAUGGUUGGCAAUAACUUGAGAACUCAGCAGGUGCCCAGCCGCAGUACCUCUACCGAAGUACCACCGUCUUCGGACAUGUCCGAGAGUGCCCUGGACCUAACCCAUCCAACAAAUCCGGUCGGUGUCCCUGUAGCCACGCCCAUCCAGUCGCUGCCUGUUUACCAGCACAGCCAGAGUUCCAAUUCGUCCACAGGCACCGACAUCCUGGAUCUCAGCAUGCCAGAUAAGAAUUCCGUAACGGAGGUGUGUUAUGUAUGCGGUGAUGAGUUCAAACGGGGCAGUUUGGAUUACGUGUUCAGCAAGCAGAUUGCAGACGGCUCUGGCAAGCCUUUCUUUCCUAGUCUUAUCGAGCAUCCGCGGCCCAGUAGAAGUAGGCCCAUUGACUCGCAGGGUCGAGUUCAAGCAUGUAUAGACUGCCAACAACACCUUGUCAAACAGUGGCAAGUAUUCCAAGCACAAGGUGUUCCGCAUGCCGAACGCAACUAUACUUUGAGGAAAAGGCAGAGCUCUACAUUAGAUACCACCACCUUCGUUUGUUACACAUGCGCAUUGGAAUAUCCAUCUAGCAGUAUAAGAUUAUUGUACUGUUGUCCGAAUGCUGAGAAAGAACCGUAUUUCCCGUUCAUCGAAACUCUUAAACCGCCAACGGGAGCCAGUCCCAUCAGCCCCCAAGGAAUGGUACAAGUGUGUUCCAUCUGUUACAAGUCUAUUCCGCAGAAGCACAAAGUUUUUGGUGGUGACGCUUUGAUGAAUAACUAUCACAACAGUGGUACCAUAUCAAGGCCUAGUACAGCUAACAGUGCCAGCUCGGAUGUUAGAUACAGACCUUAUGAUAUUCCAACAGGAGGUGUUACUGGGAAGAAAAAGCAGGCUGCAUUAGAAAGUAGGCAACAAAGUAUCAAGGUAAAUAAAACAUAUAAAGUAUUAUUUCAUAAUGAAUUAUAG